CAACUCAUUAACAGCUGCCUGCCUGGUUGCUAGACGACUCGAUCUGCAACACUGGUGUGGAAACAGUAACCUAUAGCUACGUGGAAAGGAAACAACAUUUUAACGGAUUUCAGGAAGCUAUGAUCAACAGUGUCUGUCACCUCAUCACCGGCUUCUUACGUGGAGAAUAUACUGAGUUCCAGCGAAAAUCCCAGUUGUAGCAUAGCUAACGCCUCUUUUGUUGCCCCAUGUUUUUACUACUAGCAAGAGAGGGGCGACCUGAAGUGCGCUUUUUGACUUGGAAAAAAUGAGAGGAUUACACACAGAGAAAGUCAAGCUUUCCAACUUAACGUAACGUUUGCUUACCAGCUAUGAUUAGCGCAACUGCUAAGAUGUCUCUGGAGGCGAGUGAUGUUCAAACAGAUGAAGACUGUGAGGAGCUGGAUGGCUUCUCCUUCUCUGCUGAUAUUUCAGAAAAGAGAACAUCGAGGAAGCGAUCUUCUGGCAAGCCUCCUCCUUCUCCAAGGUCUCCAUACCUCUCCAGUCUGAAUGUGAACCCCAGAAGAGCAGCAGUGGCGGCCUGGAGACUGCCGAGGGCCUCCCUGGGGGACACCAGAGGGGAUACGCCUGGGGACAUUGGCUCAGCUUGCCUCACAUCCCUCAGCAACGGCCAUGAUGUGUCCCAGACGCUGAGAUCAGAGAGCGACGUCACGCCAGAGCUUCUCCAACAGACCUUGAGCACGAGAAAACACAAACUUCUCCACUCUGGAUCCAAUGGUUUCACCUUUGGCACAGGUGACCACAGAGAGAAGGAGGACAUGUAUGAUGAGAUUAUUCGCCUCAAAAAGAGUCUCCAGGCACAGAAGUCUGACAACCAGCAAAUGAAAGCUAAACUUCGCCGCCUGGAGGAAGAAAAUUCUAAAAGAGAGAAACAGAUAGAAGAACUGUUGGAUCCCACUAAAGGAUCUGAAUAUACUCGUAGUUUGGUGGAUAAGAAAAAAGAAGGGAGUGUGGUUCUAAAUGGGCUGAAACAGAGAAUCCUGAAGCUGGAGCAGCAGUGUAGAGAGAAAGAAAAUGCCCUCAGUAAACUACAAAGUGAGCUGAGGACCACCAACCUGGAGGAGCUGAAGAUCACAGUAGAAACCUACUAUGAUGAGAUCCAGAGGCUGAGGGUGCUUCAAGAAGCUGCAGAGAAAAGUAGUCGAGCAGAGAGUAAAUGCUCCCAGAAGCAGCAGAAAGCUUUAAGCGCCACGGUUCAUCGUCUGUCUGAGAACCUGAAGCAGCUCCAACAGGAGAACACAGCGCUCAGAGAGGAGCUCAACACUGACAGUCCUACAGGAGGAAUCAAAGGUUACAGAGAGUGGAGUAAACAGAGACUGUUGAGACGGCUGUUGGAAGUUGAGAAGAGGCUGGAGGACAGCAGAAGACAUGCCCAGUCAGCACAGAGCAGCAACCGAUUGGAUCGGGAGGUCCAGGCCGUGCCCACUGAAAUUUUGGGGUUUACCAUGGCAACAGAGGCAGUGGUCUCAGUGGGAACUAUCACUGACAAAGGGGAGGAGUUUUCUGAUCUGCGAGAGGGCCUCAGCCAAUUGGAGAAGGAGAAGGUGGAGCUUCAGCAGAUUCUGUCAAGUAAAGAUGAUGAACUGAGACAGUUGAGGACAGAAAGACAAGAAUUGGAGAAAGAGACCGAAAGGUGGAAAGCUGAACAGACUAAAGAACGGGACAAAGAGAAACAACAGCAUAAACAAGAGUUGGACCAAUUGUGGGUGAGGAUCCAAACUCUGGAGGACAGAAGUAAAGCACAAUCUGAGCUCUCCCCUCUCUCUGCCACAUUGCAUGAGGACACACAGGCUGGAGCAGGCCUGGAAGAGGGAGAAGAGAGGGACACUGGAGGUCAAAAAAAGGAGGAGGAAGAUGAUGAAGAAUUGGGUAAAGAUGCAGAGAAGAAAGAAAGAGAGAAAGCAGCGUUUGUCAUCCAGACAAACUGGAGGGAGCACAGAAAUAGGGACAUGGUGGUGUUGCAGUCAGCAUUACGAGGCCACCUCCUGAGAGAGUCACAGCUCAAGGACCUGCUGAAAGACGCUCAGAAUAAGGCUGUAGUAGCAACCAGACGUACUGAUGUUGCAUCCUCCAUUGAAGGAGAGCUGGAUGUGGUUGCCUUGACGAUGAUACAGUCUGCAUUCAGGGGACACCUGGCUCGGUGUAGUCUUGCAAUAGAGAGCUCAGGGUUCUCUAUGCCUUCAAACAAUUUGCCCACGCUGGUACCAAGAAGAGCUCGCUCAACACACACAUCCAGCAGAACAGGUGCCGCAUCCCUCCAUAAAGACAAUGAAAAGCAUGAUGGGGAAGAAGACCCCUGGCUUGUCUCUAGCACUAAUUCCUCCAGGAUGACACCCACAACAGAUCAAACAGAGCUUUGCACAGCCGAGUCUGGUGGAGCCACUGCAGUUGAUUCUGAUGAUUCUGAUGACAUAAUCGUGUCUCCGUCACGGCCUCUGAGAAGUAGAGAAGUCUUCAUCUUAUAGGCCUUUAGGGAGUGUGUGUGUGUGUGUGUGUGUGUGUGUGAGAGAGUGUGUGUGUGUGUGUGUGUGAGAGAGAGUACAAGCUGGAAUAAAUUACACCUGUGUUUCUACACACAGCUUGUAUGUCAGAGACCUCCACACUUUCAUCAUACUUACCAAAACAUUUUGGUUUGGGUUCUUACUGAACCUGCAAAUAAUAACUGGGAUAUUCCAGCAUUUGUCAGGAUAGCAUAGAACAUAUUCAAUAUUUGCUGUUAGCUGAUUGUCAUCUGUGUAUGCGUUUUUUUCCCUACAGUAACAACCAGAGUAUUCUGGGAAGGUGACUGCAGAAUCUUUUAUGACGCACACUUAAGAGGUACAUACCUCACUUUGAUCAUGGGCUUAUUUCAGAAACCAAAUACUAUAUGUCGAUGCAUCCCAGUGUUGACAUGAGGCUAUAGGAUAUUCUCUGUUAGUGUAGGAGAAAGCACUCACAUGAAGAUGAAAUAAACAACUCCUUUCAUUUUAAUAUGUUGUUUUUGGUUUAUCAUUUAAGCCACAUGGGCCAUUUGAAGUAGUCUUAUAUAUUCUCAGUGAUUGUUUUGUUUGCCAAAGUGCCUACUGCAUGGAUAUUCAAAUGAAAAAUACAGUAAUAUGGUAAAUGUAUUAAUUUCUCUUAACCUGACACCCCCAUUUGAGCCACAUAACUGUAAAUUCCUCUGGAUUUUGCUGGCCUGAAAUUACUAGCGAAUCAUAUUUUGACGUGCCUGAUGUAUUAAACGUCAGGACACUAAUCUAUCAUGUAUGCUUAAUAAAUGAUGUCUGAUUCUGAGGUAUGAUUGAGGGAUGAUUCUCAACUGAUGCACUAUUGAGUCAAACUGUGAAUAAAUUAUAUAUCAGUCUGCUGCAAUACUAAACACACAGUUCGUACAGUGGAGGAUACACAGGGAGUCUAUCUAAUGCCAAUAAUGUUUGUGCUCUGAAAUAGAUGAAUGAUUACAUAUAAUGAGGUCAACAAAGAAUGGAUGAGUGCAGUUUUCCCCACAUGAUGUGUGUAACUUAAUUUCUGAGCCCUUUUAAUAAAAUACUGUUGUUAUAAUAAAA